CCGAGCAUCAGUGUGUGUCCAGAGACUUUCGUGUACACCUCAUCAUCAUGGCUUACAAGGUAGUGGUGGCGGCAGUGAUGGUCGGGCUGGUGGUGGCGGCCCCCCAGUACGACUACGAGCCCCCCCAGGCCCCCUCCUCCCUCUACGAGACCCCGGCAGAGUCGGUGCAGGAACCCGUGCAGCUGUACGAGGCGCCCUCUAACAAUGUGCUCAUCGCCCAGCCUCAGAACCUCGUCCCCGACGUCGUCAGUCCCCCGCAGAUGGAAGGGAUGCCUUACGACUUCCAGUGGGGGGUGGAGGACCAGGACAGUGGCAACGCCUUCAGCCACGUAGAGAACAGUGACGGCAGCACCACCCAGGGGGAGUACCGCGUCCUGAUGCCCGACGGUCGUACUCAGGUGGUGAGGUUCUUCGACAACGGCGGCGGCUUCAACGCUGAGGUCACCUACGAGCGAUAGACGUGCUGGGGAGUGCUGGGGGGUGAUUUACCUACCUGGGACGCCCCGUGUACCUGUAGGACGCCCCGUGUACCCCCCACGCAUUGUUUACCCCCUACAUAACGUGGCCGUCUCUACACAGUUAACCAACUUGAGCCAGGACCUUGAGUCUUACCUUAUCCCUAUUUAUUUACUAAUUAAUCUCUCCCUAUUACACCCUAAAACUACAGAACAACACCAAUUUGUUUCAACACUCAGAUUUCAACACAACAUAAUCUGAAGAUACAUAUAGUAAUUCCUUUACCUAUUUUUCCUAUUUAUAGAGUAGUUCAGAUUUUCCUAUUACAACGACAACCAAUUAAUCAAAGGAUUUAACCAAUUAACCAAAGGGUUUAAGCUAUCAUUCAAAAGGUUAAAACAGUUACUGAAUGGGUUAAACCAAUUAUUAAAAAGUUAAACCAAAAAAUCAAAGGGUUAAAGCACAUUCAAGUCUUUCUAUCUCACACGCAAAAAUCUAAGAUUCUAUUUGAGUUUUAACCUGACAUAGAAAGGUUUAACCACACUCAGCUAUUUCUACAUAAUUCUACUUCUACAUAAUUAUUAUACAUGUAACUUCUCCUCCCAUAUGUAUUCUCUUAUAUGUAAAUGAUUCUUUUGUAUGUAUGUAUGUAUGUAUAAAUUAUUUUCUUAUGAUGCUGUAUUAGUAUAAUAAUAAAAUGCGUUUGAAUGUGU